AUGGCACCAGCUCCUAUCGAUCCCCGGAUCGUUGACGUUGCCGAGCCCCAGAAGGACACGCUCGCCCUUCCUGCGGCAAGCCGUGAACGACUGAUAAAAGCGGGAAUCGAUCUUUCCAAUGGGUAUCCGUAUCGGCCUUCGCGACCUCUGUACUCUGAUGAUGUUUACAACAUCCGAAACUAUGACCGUCCACAUGUAGAUCCCGGAACCCGUGCCGACCCCGAAAAGAAGGCAUUGUUGUCUGCAGCAAAAGAAGUGAUUCAUCUAACCAGGCAUAUCGGGACCGAGAUCGUGGGACUCCAGCUUAAAGACUUGACUGACCAACAGAAGGAUGAGCUGGGGCUACUGAUUGCGGAACGGAGUGUUGUCUUCUUCCGGGAUCAGGACCUCUCGCCCCAGAAACAGAAGGCUCUUGGUGAAUACUUCGGGGAGGUCGAAGUUCAUCCUCAAGUACCCCAGGUACCCGGUCUACCAGGCGUCUCGGUUCUAUGGCCAGCUCUCCAAGCGACUGAACGGGCAGCAGGUUAUCGUCGACCGGGUGGGGCUUCUCGUUGGCACACUGACUUAGUUCAUGAGCGCCAACCGGCAGGGGUUACGCAUCUUCACAAUGAUGCGGUCCCGACCAUCGGCGGAGAUACUCUGUGGGCCAGCGGCUAUGCUGCAUACGAGAAGUUGUCCCCGGAGUUCCGUAAAAUCAUCGAUGGAAGAACAGCCAUCUAUCGAUCCGCACACCCUUAUCUAGACCGCAAGGACCCCGAAGCAGGCCCAAAAUAUAUUGAGCGAGAGCACCCGAUUGUCCGUGUCCAUCCGGCAACGGGUUGGAAGGCGCUGUGGGUAAAUCGCGCGAUGACUCAUCGGAUUGUCGGAUUAGACAAGGCAGAGAGUGAUGUUAUUCUGGGAUAUCUGUUCGAUGUAUACGAGAAGAAUAUUGACAUUCAAGUUCGCUUCAAGUGGACACCUCGGACUAGUGCUUUGUGGGACAACAGAAUUACCAUUCAUAAUGCCAGCUGGGAUUACGAAGGAUCGGAGCCCAGGCAUGGCACUCGAGUCACAGCCCUCGCGGAGAAGCCUUUCUUUGAUCCCAACGCACCUACCCGGAGACAGGCUUUGAGCUUGCUGGGCCCCGAUGAGAUCCAAGAGUUGAGUAAACAGUAGUUCUGGUGAAGCGAAUAACGAAUGUUCUAUUAUGAUUAUGUGGAGGAAAUGGUGCAUCCAACUUGUCAAUUUAGUAUGGACACUCAGAAACCCCAGAUUGCCGAGACAGACAGAACCCAGUAGUGAAGAAUAGGAGACAGCCCUACAAGUAGGAGAGAUUGUUUAACUCGAUUGAGUUCCUAUGGGAGGCUUCGGGGGUAUAUUUGUUUUCGGAAGGUAAAUAUAAAACGAAGAGAUGGCCGUCAAUGCCUUAUAAAUGUAUGUAACGCGCGACCU